ACAGGUUGAAAAUGUGACUGAAAGAUGAACCUUUGAACAGUGUUCUGUGGUACCUAAGAAAGGCGUUACAUAGAGUUAUAUUACAUAAUGCUGAGAAGACAAGGCAGCGAUGAAAAGAAUCUGAUAAACGAGGAUCAUGAGAGACCGGAGGACCGAGAUCAAGUUAAUCAUCAUCCGGAACCUGACCGACCUUCAUCCAGCCUCCCUAGUAUCCAGGUCUCCCACAUCUCUGAUAAGUAUGACGGGAUUGGGACGAAUCCUCCGGAGACUGGAAGACGCAGGGAUUCUCAUAGGACGCCAUCUGUUGGUGAUUUACCGAACCGUGCUGGAAACACAGGGAGAAGUGGGAAUGACGAGGGAACCUACAAGGAGCUAUUAACACCAGGAGAACCUCCAACAGAGUCCUUAUCGAAACAUUCUUGGGAAAUUAAUUACAGGGAGGCUGCAAUUUUUUUGGAUGAAGGAAGAAAUAAUGAUAAAUUUUUGCAUCAUCCAAGGAAUAUGGAAGCAUUGCCUGCCUAUCUUCUUGUGCACAGUCGUUGGUUCAAUACAUUCGACUUCAUGGCUUCCAUAAUUAUUCUAGCUUUAGGGUUGUUCGAAGCUCCCUGUAUUCCUGCAUUAGAGGUUCCAGUUCCAAUCCAUGGAUCUAUAGAACUUUGUUCACUAGUAUUAUUGUCUAUUCAGAUGCUUUUAAAAACAAGAUGGAUCGGUUUUAGAUCCUGUUUGCAGCACAAGCGAACCAUUAUCAAAAUAUUAAGCUUAAUUAUCAUGACGAUAGAGGCAGCUGUAGUGCUUGUUCGACAGAGGAAUCAUUUUAGAAUAACACGUGCACUUCGUCCACUCUUCUUACUAGAUUCUAGUUUUUGCGGAGGAGUAAGAAGAUUUAUUCGACAAAUCCUUCAAUCCCUUCCUCCAAUCCUUGAUAUCAUGGGACUUCUACUCUUCAUCAUGCUAAUUUACAGUGUAUUAGGUUUCUAUCUGUUUGGACCAUCCGAUACUGAGCCUGGAUCCUUAUACUUCAACACCUUUACCACCAGCUUCAUCAACCUGUUCGUCCUCCUCACCACAGCAAACUAUCCUGACGUAAUGAUGCCAAGCUACGCAAACAACAAGUUUGCAGCCAUUUUCUUCAUUUCAUAUCUAGCGAUCACGCUGUAUUUCCUGAUGAACCUGAUGCUUGCUGUUGUAUACGAUGCAUUUACAAAUAUUGAAAUCGGCAAGUUCAAGAAACUGUUUCUUCAUAAACGAAAGGCUUGUCAGCAUGCGUUUAAAUUACUGGUGACCAGAGAUAAUCCGAGACAAGUUUCAUUCCUAAACUUCAGUGGACUGAUCGCUCAGUUUUCUCCGUCUAGUUCUCCUCUGGAUCGAAUGCUGAUCUUUAAAUCAAUGUUAAAUAAACCAACCAACCCUGGGCAAACCUACCUCUGUAUAGAGGAUUUCUACAAGAUUUACGAUUCUGUUCAAUACAGGUGGAAGUUGAAGAAGCAGAAGACCCCCUAUUAUGAAAGCUGUAAAACCUGUUAUUCUCUCCUAGCGGGAGGAAUUCGAAUUCUUGUCAAAUCGAAGGGGUUUGAGUUUUUGAUCUACAUGAUGAUCUUCACCAACCUGGUCCUGUUGGUCCUGCAGACCUACCUCCUCACUAACACCUCCGACUCUCAAACUAUUUACGCUUUCUGGGUUUCAUACAUUUUUAUCUCUGCGUAUACGUUGGAGGCAAUUCUCAAAAUUAUAGGUUUGGGAUUCGUAGGCUAUUUCAGCUCAGCCUGGAACAUUUUUGAUUUUUUAGUAACUGUAAGCGGACUGAUUAGUAUUGUAUUGACUGAAUUAAACAUACCUUCCUUCUAUGUUGUCAUCUUUAGACCUCUCAGACUACUCAGACUGUUUAAACUGAAGAAAAGAUUCCGCGAUGUUUUCGGAACUUUUAUCAUCCUGCUUCCUCGUCUCAACUCAGCUGUUAUUGUUCUAGUCUUGAUUUAUUAUUUCUAUGGAAUCAUUGGAGUUGAACUUUUUCAUUGGUGUGAUCUCAGGAAUUGUUGUAAGAAUACAACUGUAGAACCCUACUACAAUGAUAAUGCAGAGAAUGGUAGUGGAAUAGGAUACUAUUAUCUAAACAAUUUUGAAAGUUUACCAAUAGCAGGUAUAACCUUGUUUGAGCUGACCGUCGUGAACAACUGGUCUGUUAUUAUGGAAGGGUUUGCCAACACCGCCGGAGAAUGGUCAAGGAAAUUCAACUUUUAUUCUUUUUAA